UCUGAUUUAAACGUCGUUGCUUGGCGGCACACUAAAAUAGUUUCCACACAAGGACAAGGAUCGAAAAAUAUAAUUUGGGCAAUUCGACGAAGGCGGGUAUAGAGAUAUGGCCGGGAAUAGCGACUGCUCCGUGUGCCUUUGCCGGAUGCGGCACCGGGUGAGAACGCCGUGCAAUCAUUUUUUCUGCAGGAGGUGUCUGCGGAAGGUCUACGACUCGAAACCCUUGAACAGAUGUCCGCUCUGCCGCGCUCCGUUCGAAUAUUACAUUCGCGAAAGGGGCACGUGUGUUAAGAUAGUUUUCUUCUCAUAACGUUCGACGGCAAGUGGAUUCCUAGUUCGAGGACAAAGGGCUGCGCUCAUGAUGUUCAUCAAAAUCCAACUGUUUCUCGUUGUAGUUACUUGUGUUACCAAUAAAUUUCGUUGUUCUGUUGAGUUUAAAA